UAUAGCUCACCCAGGUACUGUGUUUCUAACAACCGUGGAUGGCAUAGAUACUAAAUUUUGGUGAUAUUAGCAAUCCAUCAAUAUCGCAACUCGAUCCGUGGCCAAGCUUCGAUAUUUCAACCAAAAUACAAAUGAGAUCCGCUACAGAACUACCAUUCCGCGUCUUGACAAAAAAUAUUCGAUAUGCGACUAACUCACCGUUCAAGGGUGAGAAACCAUGGGAAGAGCGCAGGCAACCCCUCCUAAAUGAGCUGCUGUAUAACACCCGCAACCAGGACGCCUUUAUCUGCCUACAGGAGGUUCUUCACAACCAGCUCGUCGACAUACACUCCGGAUUGAAUGACGGGCAUUCCACUGUCUCUGUCCAAGCUGAAGACAACGCUUGGGCAUAUAUAGGCGACGGCAGAGAUGAUGGCCAUGAAGCUGGCGAGUACUCGGCUAUCUUCUACCGACCGUCGGUCUGGCAACUCCGCCACUGGGAAACAGUCUGGUUAUCCGAAACGCCAGAUGUCCCGUCAAAAGGCUGGGAUGCAUCGUCUAUCCGCAUUGUGACGAUCGGCGUCUUUACCCACCAUGCGCGUCGCCAGACUAUUCUGGCGAUGAACACCCAUUUAGAUGAUCAAGGGUCACGUUCCCGGUUUGAAGCAGCCCACAUUAUCCUCCGAAAGAUCAAUGAGUACUGGACUGGCGAGUACAAGAAUGACAUUUCCGGGGUGUUUUUAGCGGGUGACUUGAACAGUGAAGAGACACAGGAGGCCUAUUCGGUGCUGACAGGGUUCAAGUCUCCCUUGGUUGACGCGGCCAAAACGGUCGAUCAGGCGGAGCACUACGGUAACCGCUUGACUUGGACGGGGUUCGGCUAUGAGGAAGAAGAGCCUUCCCGCAUCGAUUACAUCCUCCUGGGUCCAGGGCCUGUGAAGGUGCUUAGCAACGGAGGCCAGCCUUGGAAGGUGGAGGGGUACGCCGUGUUAGCUAGUCGAUUUGACGAUGGGGUGUUUAACUCGGACCACCGAGCGGUUGUUGUCGAUGUGAAAUUAUGCAGCUAGACGAGAAGGACGGAUCCCGGGACGCCAAUGGUUUGCUUCGAACCAGAGGAUUGCCAUGAUCACUUCAUGGAUAGUUAGUGACGGUUACAUGGACGGGUUAGGUCCCUUUCCUUCAGGUUCCGUUGUGUGUAUGUAUGUAUGUAUGUAUGUAUGUAUGUAUGUAAUUAUGGAGGACGAUGAAUACAGUAUCUAUACAUGAAUUGAA